AUGAGCUGGACUUCACUUUUUCAGUUCCUACUGUUGCUUGUGGUAACCUUGCUAUCUAUAAAUGAUGCUGUUCAACAAGAGGAAUGGAAGAAGUGUUUUGAUGAUCCUGACUAUGAGGAACUCAUACAAAUUGCCAAAAAUGGGCUGAGAAAGACUUCUAAGCCAAAGACGAUUGUCAUUGUUGGGGCAGGAAUAAGUGGACUCACUGCUGCUAAGUUAUUGAAAGAUGCUGGUCAUCAGGUUCAGAUUCUGGAAGCCAGUGAUCGUGUGGGUGGCCGGAUAAAGACCUAUCGAGAAGAAGAUUGGUAUGUGGAUGUCGGACCUAUGCGUCUGCCCAAAGCCCAGAAGCUUGUUCGUGAAUUUCUUAAGAAAUACAAACUCAAAUUGAACCCAUUCAUUCAGACAGAUCAGAAUGCCUGGUAUUUGAUUAGAAACAGGAGGCAAAAGGUGGCGGCUGUCAGUGCCAACUCAGAUCUCUUUGGGUAUCAGCUGAGCCCCAGUGAGAGGGGAAAGUCUGCUGACCAGCUUUAUGUGGAGACUCUUGAACAACUCACGAAAAACUGUACACUUUUGAAGGAGAAAUAUGACUCAUAUUCUGCCAAGGAGUAUCUAAUUAAAGAAGGAAAUCUGAGCAGGGGGGCUGUCGAUAUGAUUGGUGACCUCUUGAAUGAAGAUGCUGGAUUCUAUGUUUCAUUUCUUAACUCUGUCAUAGAAUUUGUGGUCUUUUCAGAGGAUGACAGUUUUGAGGAAAUCACAGGCGGGUUUGACCAACUCCCCAAGAGCUUCUUCAACGAAAUGCCUGGGAUAGUCCAUUUUAAUUCCACAGUAGAGAAGAUUAUUCAAACACGCAAGAAAGCAACAGUGUGGUUUCACCAAUCAGGCAAAUCUGUCUUGUCAUCUCUUACUGCUGACUAUGUCCUCAUUACAGCUACAGCAAAAGCCACACGGCUCAUCCAAUUCCUUCCUCCUCUUUCCCCCACAAAAGCUCAUGCUCUGCGUUCCUUUCAUUAUGCCAGCUCUACUAAAAUUGCCUUAGCUUGCACUGAGAAAUUUUGGGAGAAAGAUGGGAUUCAUGGUGGGAAAUCUAUCACAGAUCGUCCAUCUCGAAUAAUUUACUACCCUAAUCAUGACUUCCCCAGUGGGCUUGGGGUGCUGCUGGUUUCUUACACCUGGCAUGAUGAUGCUAACUUUUUUGUUCCCCUAACUGAUGAAAAGUGCAUUGAUGUGGUCAUGGAUGACCUAGCAGAAGUCCACCAAGUGACCAAAGAUUAUCUCAGAUCUGUUUGCACUAAGCAUGUGAUACAGAGAUGGGCCCUAGACAAGUUUUCAAUGGCAGCAUUUGCUUCUCCUACUCCAUACCAAAUUAACCACUUUUUCAAGAGUUUGUCUAAGAAUGAAGGAAGAAUUUACUUUGCAGGAGAACAUACAGCUCAUCCCCAUGCUUGGAUUGAUUCAGCAAUGAAAUCUGCUAUCAGGGCAGCCAUUAGUAUUCACCAUGGUACCAACUAUGUAUUGCCACAGUUAUAA